GCGUAGCUGAGGCUGCGCUACGAUCAUCCUACUAUCGUAUGUAUUGUAUAGCGUGAUCGUGUGCCCGUUCUUGAAGAAGGCCUAUGAAGCACAAGACUUGGAUCAGCGAGGAGAACAGAGAGCAAUGGUUGAGAGUAACCUUUAAACCCAUCUCCAGACUCGGGGGCAAAACCCCUCGAUUACUAUAAUGUAUUGAUCAUUGCCUGGUUAUCGAGCGUCCAUUUGCCAAAGCCCCUACAACGGUCCAGAACAUCCGUAGCUGUAUAUCAUUCCGUCUUAGGUCGAUAAUUCAUUGUAGAUGUUGACGUGCCAGCUAUUGCUGUUCUACGAGAAGACGAGCAAAGCCAGACAUCAGACCAACAGAAAGGUUGGAUAUUUGAGGGUACUCGGCGAGAUCCAGUCCUUCUACACUACUAUACGAAGCAGUAAAGAUGACUUAGCUAUGGUCACUUCGCACUGGACUACCUACACAGAGCUGUACCGAAUUGGAAGCCCCCCUCCUCUACCUUCGCCGAACCAAAGAUCACCGGUAUCCAUAUCGAGUAUGGAGGUUCUCGAACGGAUCAUACAGAUUAAAUGUGGCGACUUUGACAUUGACGACCCGUGGGCGACCGGGGAGGAAUUAGGCACCGGCUUUGGUGUUUUUCUCGGUGUGUGGAAUGGUGAGCUAAGCCUCAGUGCAACAUACAACGAUGCUUUCCACGAAGAGGGUAAAGUUCGUGGAUUUCUUCGUCGUUGUCAGAGUAUACUGGAUGUGGUCUGAUGACAGAGCGUGAGGUAUGUGGCUACACCUUCGAAGCGUGUAGU